AUGGCCACGGCGGGUGUGCCAGUUGCUGCUGCUGGGAGUAAGGGUCUCAAGGGCCCCAGGGCGUGUGCUACUUGUGCGCGGGCGAAGAGCAGGUGUAUCUCUGGGCCGGUAGGGCAGGAGAAGUGCGAGCGAUGCUACCGGUUACGGAAGCCGUGCUCGUCCCAGACGCCGGCGCCGCCGCGCAAACGCAAGGAGCCGAGGCCCACCCGGGUUGCCGAACUGGAGCGGCGCCUCGAGGAUCUCACGGCCCGCAUCGAGUCCGUCCAGCGGCUGGGCUCCCCGGUGCUCACCCCUCCUGACUCGGAUCCUGUCUGUCUUGCACCGCCCUGCCCGCCCGGCGCUUCCGAGGAUCGCCUGCCCCCGCGGCACUUCUCCUGUGCGGACGUUCCGCUUCCCACCUUCGGCCGGGACCGCUGGGACUCCCCAUUCGGGCACAUCUUUCCGGAACGGUCAAUCUUUGAUGAGGUUCAAGUACAAGCCGAACACCAGCAGCCCACAGCCAACCGCAAGCAUGGCGGCACGACCGGAACCACCUCGCCCUCCGCACCCCCUGGACUAUUAUCGGCGCAGACGACGACAGCCGACUCCAACAGAAGCUCUUCUCCUUACCUCCAUCAACCAUCAGGACUGCCGGAACAGAAGGAGAUCCCUCCGUGGCCUCACGGAGACGAGGCCGAGGUCAUGCUGGACGAGUAUCGGAACAACAUGGGCCAUCUGUUCCCGUUCGCGGUGGUGCCGCCGCAUCUGUCAUCGGCCCGGAUGCGAGAACAAAGGCCCUUCUUUUGGAAGGCAGUCAUGAUGACGGGCUGUCUGUUUGACGGGCCGCGGCAGGUUGCGCUGGGGAAUGAGCUGUUGAGGGAAAUCUCCGAGGCGGCCUUCAUGAAACCACAGAAGACUCUCGAUCUGCUGCAGGGGCUGCAAAUGCUGAUGGCUUGGUACCAUUACAACCUCAACAGCUUCCAGAUGGUCAACCUCCUGUUCCUGGCUCGCUCGAUCACGACCAGCCUGAGGACCACAGAGCUCAAGACGCUGGCAGACGGGAAAUAUGCGACCGAGUCCCUGGAGCAUAUGCGUGCGUUUGCCGGGACGUACUACAUGGUGACCAUAACGUUCACUACCAACAAGAAACCAGAGGCUCUCAUGAACACGUCGUACCUCGCCACAUGUUGCCGGGCCCUCCACGGCCAGAUGGAAUACCCCACCGACGAGCUCGUUGUCCACCUCGUCCGUGCACAGCAGCUGUGCCAAAGCAUCUCACAAGCACUUAGUGCCCGGCGCACCGCCCAGCCCGCGCCCGGCGAGAGCCAAAUCCCGCAGACGGCUAUCAUUCACGGCUUGCUGGAGCGUAUCCGAGCGUUUGCCGCCACCCUCCCGCCACAUCUCAGGACCAACGUGUCCCUAGUAGGCCACCUCCACGUCGCCGAGGUUCUCAUCUACGGGAACAGCUUGUCGGAGCUUCUGUGCAGUCCCUUUCAAAUUGCAUCCCCGCACGGGCACGGCGAGCAGGAUCCGCUGGUGGUCGGAUCGUCGACGACGGCUGGUGGGCAAGACCCAGGCCCCGAGCACAUUGAGAUGCUGUGGAAGUGCGCCCGUGCCGUGCAGGCCUUCAUGUCGAACCGCUUCUCCACCGAGAAGGGCGACUACCCGCGCUUCAUAUGCCUGUCCUCGUUCGACAUGGCCUAUGUCCUUCUGACCAUGCUCAAGCUAGCGACCCUGCAGGUUCCCGGGUGGGACUCGGCAAGCGCGAGAGAAGAGAUGCGCUUUGAUUACGUCAUAGGUCAGCUGAUAGAGGAUAUGGAGUUCACGGCCGAGAGGCGAAAGAGAAAGAGGAAAGGAGGCAUCGCCGGCAUCCAGCAGAGCAACAACAACAACAACCGCAGCAGCCCCGUGCACGGCGGAUUAAGCGGAACGGAGGAUCCAUGGAGCAAGCUGGCACGGAAACUUCGCACCGUGAGGGACCAUCUCCUUACCAACGGCUUCGGCAACGACUUCACCAGCUCGCAGAUAGCGCGGGUCUGUGAUCCGGCGCCCAUGACGUUGGCCGACGCCACGCAGGACCUGAUGCAGGAUCUCGGCGCCGGCCUGUGGCAGGACGUCACGAGCGGCCUGUCCGCCGAAUGGAGUUCGGUCUUGGCCGGCGACCCGGUCGACUGGGCGACCUUUUUCGGUAACUACAACAGCAUGACCGACUCGGGGUUUGCAAUGUGA